AUUUGACUUCACCCUGGUCUUCCACUUCAACUUCAAUGGCGGAAGCAUACUUUUUUAGUGUAGAAAACGCGCCUUGUUGAUCAAAACUGGAAAAAGAAAUCCCACAUCGAAAACUUUGUUGUCUUCUGCAAAUCAUUCAACGCAGUAAAUCCCACUGCAAAACAACCAAAUCAAAAUUUAUUCAAUGGAAAAACUAAUGUCAGCUCUGGUUUUUUUGUUGCUCUUUUCACUCUUCAAUGGAACCGAAUCAAGAAAAGAUCCACCACCGAUUUGUUCAUCAUCGUGCGGUGAUUCACUCGAAAUCCGCUACCCCUUCCGAUUACCCAACGAUCCAUUCACAUGUGGCGAUCCCGGUUUCGAGCUUCGCUGCGAAAACAACAAGACGAUCAUGAACUUCCAUGGCGGAUUGUACUACGUGAAGGGAAUUUCUUACGACGAUCACACGAUUCAACUCGUGGACGUCAAUUUUGCCGACGACGGAAAGUGCAGUUUACCGAAUAGAUCGUUAUCGACCGACGAAAUCUUAAUGGAAGACCGGUACCCGGGAUUGGUUAAUUUUACUUAUUCGUACACUUUGAACUAUGUUCGAUGCUCGGACAGUUCGGUCAGUUCGGUCAAUAACAGUAUGGUUCCGUGUUUGACUCGGAAUUCGUCUCAUGUUUAUGUUAAUGUUACGAAUUGGUCUAGUUUGACCUCAUACGAUGUUCCGAAGACAUGUAAGGUUAUUGCGAUGGCGCCGGCGUUUUAUGAAGAAUCAGUGCCGGUGAACCCUUCGUAUGAAACGGUGCUGAAAAUGCAACAAUCAGGGUUUCAGAUGGUAUGGUCAGUCGAGUGUCGGGAUUGUAGAGCCAAGGGUCGGGGAUGCGUUUAUAAAUCCGCGGAUACCACUUUUCUCUUCGAAUGUGAAAAAGAAUAUGAUUAUAAUGCCGAACUUCGAAAUAUAUACACCGUUGUUGCAGCUAUGUUUCUUGCCGCAAUCAUUGGGUUCGUCAGAUUCAUCCUUCUUCCACUGGUUGUAUUUUCUUUCAUUCUCCACAAGUACUUGUCUACAAACAAAGAUUACAGGGAAAAGUCUUCAGAUAUUCAGCAGCCAUUAACACCAGAAAGGUACAAUUACACAGAUAUACUUUCAAUGUCAAACAAUUUCAAAGACAAAAUAGGGGAAGGCUGUUUUGGUACAGUUUACAAAGGACAACUUCAUGAUGAUUACACCAUUGUUGUUAAAAAGCUUGAAAGCUUCAAAGUAAGUGAAGAACAUUUCAUCAAUGGUGUUUCAAGAAUCAGUGGGAUUCAACAUCCCAAUUUGGUACCGAUACUAGGGUUUUGUUCUGAGGGAUCGAAACAUGUUCUUGUUAACCAAUACAUGCCUAAUGGAUCUCUCGACAAGUAUGUUGGAAAUUCGGAUUCGUUUAGUUGGGAGAAAGUCUGGGAAAUUGUGCUCGAAACUGGGCAAGGGAUCGAGUUUUUACAUGGACGAUCUGGAGGUGGUAUUAUUCAUUUAGAUAUUAAGCCUCGGAAUAUACUGUUGGAUGGGAAUUUCAGACCAAGGAUUUCAGAUUUCGGGAUAGCAAAAUUGUGCCGGAAGAAGCAUGAUCUCGUAUCAUUAUAUGGAAGAAGUGAAACAAUGGGAUAUGUGGCACCUGAAUUGAUGGUUUCAAGGGAUUUUGAGGCAGUUUCAUGCAAAUCCGAUGUCUAUAGUUUCGGAAUGAUAAUCUUAGAAAUGGCUUGUGGAAGAAGGCAUGUCGAUGUUGAUGCAAUCAAUUCGAGCAAAGUGCAUUUUCCUACUUGGGUCUAUGAACUAAAUGAGAGGGGAGAUUUAGAGUUUGAGAACCUGACGAAAAGUGACACCAUGAUAGCCAGAAAGCUGUUCGUAAUCGGGUUAUGGUGCACUCAAACUCGGCCAUCAGAUCGUCCCUCCAUGACCAGAGUCCUGGAAAUGUUAGAAACGGACCUUGAUGAUCUUGAAAUGCCCCCGAAGCCAGUCUUCAUUUCGGCUCAAUACCUGCGUGAGCGUGAAUUGGAUUCUCCAAAAGAGAUGCUAUUACCUGAGACAAUGGAGAGAAGCUCAUAGUAAUAUCAAAGCAUUUUUCAUCACUCUAAGCUUUCAUCUAUACACUGACAUAUAUGUUCUUCGCAACAUUGGUUCUCGUGUAUCCUAAUAUAGAAAAAUCCGCAUUUUCUUCGAUUCUAA